GAACAUGUGAAGUGGGUUCAUGGCGAAAUGCUGUCUCGCAACUCUCAACUCAAGCUUCUUUAUGUUACUCCAGAGAAGAUAGCAAAAAGCAAGAUGUUUAUGUCCAAACUAGAAAAGGCUUACCAAACAGGACAGCUGACCCGGAUUGCCGUAGACGAAGUCCAUUGUUGUAGCCAGUGGGGGCAUGACUUCAGACCUGAUUACAAGUUGCUUGGGAUCUUAAAACGACAGUUUCCCAAUGCUCCAUUGAUUGGACUGACUGCCACUGCGACAGGACAUGUGCUGCGUGAUGCGCAGAACAUUCUCUGUGUGUCCAAGUGCAUCACCUUCACAGCAUCCUUCAACCGGCCCAAUCUCUAUUACGAGGUUCGUCAAAAGCCAUCAUCUGCUCAGAAUUGCAUUGAGGAUAUUGUGAAGCUUAUCAAUGGAAGAUACAAAGGCCUUUCAGGAAUUAUCUACUGUUUUUCCCAGAAAGAUGCUGAGCAAGUUACUAUGAAUUUACAAAAACUGGGGAUUAAAGCAGGUACCUACCACGCAAAUAUGGAUCCCAAAGAUAAGAGCAGAGUUCACAAGCGGUGGUGUGCCAACGAAAUCCAGGUUGUGGUGGCCACUGUUGCUUUCGGCAUGGGAAUCGAUAAGCCAGAUGUGAGGUUUGUCAUACAUCAUUCCAUGAGUAAAUCCAUGGAAAAUUACUACCAAGAGAGCGGACGUGCAGGUCGGGAUGACCAGAGAGCCGAUUGCAUCUUAUAUUACGGCUUUGGUGACAUAUUCAGAAUCAGCACUAUGGUGGUGAUGGAAAAUGUGGGACAACAGAAACUGUAUGGGAUGGUUUCCUACUGUCACGAUAUGGGAAGAUGCCGCCGAGUCCAGAUCGCUCAUCACUUUGACGAGGCCUGGGAUUCUGCCAGUUGUAAUAAAAUGUGUGACAACUGCUGCCAAGAAGAGACGUUGGAGAAGGUAGACGUGACAGAGCACUGCAGGGAGCUCAUCAAGAUUUUAAAGCAAGUGGACCAAAUGAAGCAGAAAUUCACCCCUCUGAAAUUGAUCGAUACUUGGCUGGGGAAGGGUCUAUCAAAACUGGGAUUGGAGAUUGCUGCUCCCAAACUUCCCCGCGAUGCAUUGGAGAGAAUCGUUGCCCAUUUGAUUCUGCAGCAGUAUCUGAAGGAAGACUUCAGCUUUACAGCCUUCGCCACAAUAUCCUAUGUGAAGAUAGGACCCAGAGCUAACCUUCUGAAAGAUAAGGCUCAUGUUAUCACUAUGCAAGGGAUACAGGGCAAACAUAAAACUGCUAAGGGAAAAUGUUCUCAAUUAUCCAGCCCGAGGACCCCAGGAAAGAAAAUGAAGUUUACAUCCCCAAACCAGGAAAGUGACUCUCUUACAAAAGAUCACGUUAAAGCAAAAAAAGUCAAACUUAUGGCUAAUAAAGAAGAAGAGGAUGAGCUUGUCAUCAUAGAUUAAGAAAGUUGCUUCUUGGGACAAUCUACAUACAUCUUUGCCUGUAGGAAGACAGGCCAGUCAGAAAAAAAAGAAUUUGGUUGGAGAAAUCAGGCUGCAUAUUGGUGACUGCCAUCAUCUGCUGCUCCCUGGUUACAAAGCUAUGUUGGCAAAAGAAAUGGUUUUCCUUAUGUUUUUAAACAUACAUACAGACUCAGAUUUUUUAAAAAUACAGAUAUAAAACCUAUGGUAAUGGAACUGGAGAGUUUGAGGCAAGCGUCAGCCGCUUGGCAUAAAGUAUUGUAUUUUUUCGGACUAUAAGACGCACCUAGCUUUUGGGAAGGAAAACAAAAAAAAAUCUGCCUCUGUCUCCCAGCAA